UAUAAUUUUUGGGCUAUAGUAUGCAUAGAUUUCAUAUUAAGUUUUAGUUUUAACUGAUAUAGUUGGCAUUACAAAUUUUUUUUUUUUUUUUGUUAUAUAAUUUUGCUAAGAUCCUUAAGGGUUGAAGGAAUGAACAAACACAACUGCCUAAAUUGUAGGAGUAGGUAUGGAAUCAUUUGGGGCUCUAAGAUAUAUAAUAGAAUUGUUUAUAUUUUAUCUCAAUAGGAAUUAGGGAUGAAGAGGUAAAAGCUGGGAAAGUAGGUUGUGUGGGUACCUCAGAAAAUCAGAAAAUAUUUAAAUGUGUUACUCAAACCAAGUUUAGCAUCCCAUCUCCUGAUAGCACAGCUUUUUGUCCUUACAUGGGAAGCAUUUAACUGUUUGUUUACCCCUGUCUCUUACAAACUAUGUUUAGCUUGUCACAUCUUCCCCCACCAAACCCCCCAGUCCUCAAAUUCCUAGGUUCCAUAUUCCAACCCUGCCCCUCUACCUCCAGUUACAUUGUAUUUACUUAUUUGUAUAUACAGUUUUGUCCUUCCUAUAAGUAAGGUUCUUGAAAGCAAUAACUAUUGAUUUGUGUUUUUUUGUUCUCAGUUCUUGGCACAGUGCCUUUGCAUAUAGCAGGAACCUAGAAAAUGUUUGUUAACUUUACUUUCAUGUACUUUCUUGAACUUCUUACAUGUUAAUGAAAAAAAUGUUUUAUUCUAAGGGGUUUUAGGGUAAUCACCAGUUCUUUCAGAAUAUAGGGUUAUGAAAAUGUGUUUUUGUAUUUUAGUAAUUAGAGCCAUUUGUGAUUGUUAAAAAAGGUUUCAAUUCCUGGAUUAUUCAUAUUUAUAAAAGUUAGUCUGCAUCUCUCUAUAAAUAUUAUACACCAUUAUUUUAGGGAUACUGAUCCUGGACAUAAUUAAUUUUUGGAGAGUAUGUUGAAUAGUAGUAUUUGUUUUCCAAUGCCUAUUAUAACAUUUAAUCCAAGGUUUUUUGUUUUUGUUUUUUGGUCAUUUUAGGGAAAAAGUGGGGAGAAUGAUACUCUCUAUAGUUUGGAGUGAUAAUGUAGAGGACUGUGAUCUAUAUCAUGAAUUUAGGGGAAUUUAUAGUCCAAAUCCCAAACUCUAAUAAUGUUGUACUAUAAAACUCAGGCAAACUUUUUGGCCAUUUUUUCUUUGAAUAAAUAAGCUUUUUGGUUUCAUAAAUAAGACUCUUCUUUGGUAGUGAUUUAAGCUUCUACCACUGCUAGGUGCUGAAGAUACAAAGACAGAAGAGAAGCUGCUCCCUUCUGCCCCCAAGGUGCUUAGAUUCUACUAGGGAGCUAAAUAUACACAGGUAAAUAAAUACAAGAUAUAAUUUGAAGAGGAAACUCUAACAAUUGAGGGAAUCAGGAAGGGAUUCUUAGAAGUGAUAUGCAACUUAGGUGAAAAUUCACUUUAUAUUUCUACCUUAAGAGACUACUUACUUAAGUUGUCUGAAAAAAUUGAUAUAUUUUACUCCAAAAUCUAAAUUUUUGACUGGAAAGUAAUGUAGAUAUUGGGAGCUGAAAUGGUUUGUGUCAACUCUCUUUUAAAGGGUCAAAAUCCUUUAAAAUCAUUAUCUUUAAAUACCUAGAUUAGCUUGAUAUUUAUAAUAUUUAUAAAUACUGCUAUCACUCAUAUUUGUAUAUAGAAUUCUGGUCCCUACUAACAAUUCCCAAGAACUAUUUUUAUAUGCAUUGUUAUUGGUAAUUGAUUUUUGAUAAUAUUAUUGAUAUUGGUAAAUAGUUAUUGUUAUUGGUAAAUAAUUGGUAAAUUUGUUUUUGGUAAAUAAUAACCCUCAAUUAUUGGUAAGUAAUGCCCUCAAUUAUAUUUUUACCCCUCAGUUAUAUUUGAGGAAAUUUAGCUACAUAAGAUGAAUUUAAUUUGGGAAAACUGCAUCCCCUGAAUUGCUUAAUUUUCAUUUUGAAUGUCAUUUGAGUUUUUAUCCACUUUGUAGGUAAGUAAUAGUAUGAAAACAAUAUGCUAUUAAUACACAAGUUUAUUUUGGAUAUCCAAUCUACUCAUUUGUGAUGUAAUACUUGCUUUUUUUUCAUAGGAAAUACUGUAGUUUUUAAGAAAAAAAAAUUUUUUUUUUGGUCUAUGGAUUAAAAGUGAAAUCAGUAUCCUGUGUGCUUGUUGCUUGGAUUUUUUAAAAAAGCACAUAAAUCAGAAUAAAAAAAAUUCAUUUAAAAAGUUUUGGCAAUUAAGACAUGAGUUGUGGAAAUGAGUUUGUGGAAACAUUAAAAAAAAUUGGUUAUCCUAAGAGUGAUAAUCUUAAUGGAGAAGAUUUUGACUGGUUGUUUGAAACUGUUGAAAAUAAACCUUUUUUGGAGUGGUUCUGUAGAAAUGUAAAUGAACAGCAUGUAUUGACUGAAAAAGAACUGCAAGCUUUUAACACCCUUCAAAAAUCUGGCAAGCCCAUCCUAGAAGAACAAGCAUUGGAUGAAGUUCUUAAAACUUGUAAAACUUCUGAUCUGAAAACAUGUAGUUAUGAAGGAAUUGAGUUAGAAAAAUUAGAGACCGAACUCCAAGCUCUUCAGAAGUUAAAAAAUCUAAAAAUUCAGCGUCGUAAUAAAUUUCAAUCGAUAGCUUCAACAAAUAGUCAUAGAUUAUUCCAAUUAAAGUCUAAAGAAGAAGAAGUUACUAAAAAUCUGAAGGAGAGUCAGGGAUUUCUGAAUGCUGUAAAUACCAAAAUAACUAAUCAACUUCAAGAUCUCAUUGAUGGAGUUGAGAAAUUAACAUCAUUUUUUGAUUGUUCAGAGACAAAACAAAGGACAACUCCUCCAGUAUUUUUAUCUCAACUUGCUUUGGAAAAAUACUUAAACCAAGAAGGACAAAGUACAGUAGCAUUAACUUUGUAUACCAAAAAGCAUUUCUUUCAAGGUAUACAGGAAUUAGUUGAAAGUUCGAAUGAAGAAAAUUUUCAGCUUUUUGAUAUACAAACACCAUCCAGUUGUGGUGAUGAUGAUAAUGAAGCCCGUGAGGAAAGGAGGAAUGAGAUGUCAAGGCUGCAGCUGGCUUAUAUUUGUGCCCAACAUCAGUUAAUUCAAUUGAAAGCAAAUGAAUGUAGCCUUCGGUCACGUAUAAAAUGGGCAGAGGAGACUCUUCAAACCCUAACAAGCAAGGCUAUUGGCAAAGAAGAUGUAGAGGUUAAAAUUUCUAGAUUUAGCAGUGAGAUACUAAAACUUGAAGAACAAAUCACCCAACUGAAAAAUAAAACAUUGCCUACUGUGGUCAAAGAAAAUGCUCAGUUACUGAAUAUGCCAGUUGUAAAGGGAGAUUUUGAUCGGCAGCUUGCUAGACAAGACUAUUAUACAUCAAGACAAGAAUUAGUUCUUAAUCAGCUGAUAAAACAGAAGGCAUCUUUUGAACUUCUGCAACUAGCAUAUGAAAUUGAAUUGAGAAAGCAUCGUGAUACUCACCGGCAACUUGAAAACUUGACUCAAGAACUUAGUCAAAGUAAUACUAUUCUGCAUCAACGAUUAGAAAUGUUAGCUGACCCUUCUGUAUCUCAGCAGACCCAUCCAAGAAAUACUAUUGAUGCCAAGGAUUGUUCUACUCAUAGGCUUUAUGAACUUUUAGAAGGGGGAAAUAAGAAACAAGAGCUGUUCAGAACAUAUGAAGGCUUGGAAGAAGUGGCUCAAAAACUGAAGCAAGACGUUUCUUCUAUACGAGAUCAGUUGACAAUAACUGCUCAAGAGCAUGCUCUCUUUCUGUCCAAACUGAAUAAUGGUGUGGAUAUGCUUUGUGAUACUUUGUAUUGUGGAGGAAACCAGCUUUAUCUUAGUGAUCAGGAAUUAAAGAAGCAGUUUCAUCAAGUUGACUCUCAUUUGAAAAAGCUAAAUCAUCUGCUUAUGGAUAUUCUUGCUAAUGUAAAGGCAAAGAGAAGAAUUUUGGCAGCUGAUAAACUGUAUCAAAUGGAACGAGAAUUAUAUGUGUAUUUUUUCAAAGAUAAAGAAUAUUUACAGAGUAUUGUGGAGAAUUUAGAAUAUCAGUUAAAAAUUACAACUAUUGGUCUUGAAGAUUGAAAAUCAGAUAUUCAAUAUUAUAUUCAUGAUAUAAAAUGUGUACUAUUUUUACUUAUAUUGGGAGUAGCAAUUACUUUGUUUCUCCUUGUGCAACAUUCUCGUCCAGAGAACCAACAGCUACUAGGAGAGGAGCUUUUGCUCCUCAAAGGAGUUCAGGUGGCCUUUCUCUGUUUUCCCCCAAGGAGGACAAAAGCAUUCAGUUACAUUGUAAUGGGAAUGUUAUAAUGUUCAAUUAGAUUUCUUUAGUCUCUCAUUUUGUCUUUUUUAAAUGGAAAAGUUGAAACAUUUAAAAUAAUCAGAAGAUUAUGCAAGUCAGCAUAAUAAAGGUAUCCCUUGCUGUAUACAAUAGAACCUUUUUUUUUAGUUGAAUGUGAAAAUUUUUCAUUUAUUGAAUCUGCUAUAAAAACACCCACUAUAAGUAUAAUAAUUACAGUUCCUUUUUAGGUACUACUUCAUGAUUUACAAAAUAAUUUCCCUAUAUUAUCUCAUUUGAUCCUCAUAUCAUUAUUGAGGAAUGUAAUACAUAGUAUUAUUAUUAUCAACCUUGUUUUGUGGAUGAAAAAAUUGAGGCAAUGAGAAGUUGUGACUUGGCCAGGAGUUGUGGUUAGUAAAGGAGUAAGCUGAGUUUGAAGGACUAACCCCAGGUCUUCUGGCACUAAAUCCAUUUUUUACAUUCUAGCAUUACUUCUUCUCAUAGAAUUUGGGAAUGAUGCUGAAAUUGAAGAGAAGACUGCCAUGUUGGUAAUUUGCACUGGUGGUGAUAAAAUAAUCUCGCAUUGUAUUUAUUGCCUUAAGGACUAGUAGCUGUUAUGUAACAGUUGUCCACCCUUUAUUAUAGGAAAAAGGAUGUUGGGACACACACAUUUUGGCUUCUUGGAAUUGAUAGAACAGUAUAGAUAUUGACAGUAUUCUUGUGGUUUAUGACUGGGCUCCUGAAUAAAUUUAAAAAGCCAUAUAAAGAAAUCUUCAGACAAUAUAUAUCAAAUUGUUCUCUCCUUUUAUCCAUUCUAUUGAAGUGAAAUUCAAUGUAUAGUGGUUUUUAAGGGAUACCAGUAUAGCAUUUAAGCAGUUAAAAUCUAGAAAACAUUUAAUAUUUAUGUGAGGUCCUUUAAGAUAAUUCAAAGGAAAUUAGUCAUCAUCACAGAUACUGAAUGCUCACUUUUUAUAUUUAUUGGAUUCCUUGUGGUUUUAUAGAUUUCAAGUUGGCACAAUAACAAUGUUCAAGAACCAAUCUCGCUUUCAUAGUCUUUAAGAAUAUUCAUUAUUUGUUUUUAAUCUGGAAUAAUAACAUAACUCUUUUAGUUUUUUUAUUUUUAGUCUUUAUGGAACUGUUGAUUUCUAAGCUGUAAUAAUGACAAAAUAGUGUAAAAUCUGGUUGAUAUGUGUAAUCCUUUUAGCCUGAAUAUUUUUUUGUUACUAUACUAGCUUAUUUUAAAAAAAUUGUUAACAUUUUAAUCAAAAUUAAAUAAGUAGAUUUGUGAACCUAAUCUCUUUUGAACAGUUAUAACAAUAAAUCUUGAUAUCCCAAAUCAAUAAAUGUUAUCCCCAAAUUUAAAAUAA